CAGCAGCUAUUUUGCAAAGUUUCAUCUCUCUUUGUCUGCGCAGCCAGCAAGCAAGCAGCAGCUUCCAUCUCUCUUUGGCAGCUUCAACUUUCAAGCCAUGAAGAACCAUAUUUCAUCUUCUUCUAUUUUCUUUUUCCUCUUAUGCUUCUAUUUUCAUAACUGUGAACCACCGGUUCACUACCGGUUUUCAUGAUCUCCGGUUAUUUACACGAACCGAACCGUCCUAGCUACCGGGUCCUGGUUGAACCGGCAAAUGUUUUCAUUCAUCAAUUUCUUCCUGAUUCUCUUCCACUCUUGAUCUCCUCCUCCUUUCUGCGCCAUAUUUUCAUUAGUUUAAAGUUUAAACGAACACAGAUUUUCCUGGUCUCAAAUAACACCAACAACUGCUUCGCCACAACCUCGGAAUCUCCGGCAGCGAUUGAGUUCUGAUUUGUUAUUUUCAUCUCCAAUUUCCCACUCAACAUGGCAAAGGGCACAAGCUCAAAGAUGAACAUUGCCAUUAUCCACCCUGAUCUUGGCAUAGGUGGAGCUGAAAGAUUAAUCGUGGAUGCAGCUGUUGAGCUUGCAUCCCAUGGUCAUAAUGUUCAUGUUUUUACUGCUCAUCAUGAUCGAAAUCGAUGUUUUGAGGAAACUGUUGCUGGUACAUUUCCUGUUACUGUGUAUGGUUCCUUUCUUCCGCGGCAUAUAUUCUACCGUCUUCAUGCAUUGUGUGCAUACCUGAGAUGCCUAUUUGUUGCUUUCUGUGUGCUUUUCAUGUGGCCAUCAUUUGAUGUUAUACUGGCUGAUCAGGUCUCUGUAGUCAUUCCCAUUUUGAAGCUUAAAAGGUCAACAAAGGUUGUGUUCUACUGUCAUUUUCCUGACUUGUUGCUGGCUCAGCAUACAACUUUUGUUCGGAGGAUGUAUAGGAAACCCAUAGACUAUGUAGAAGAAAUAACAACUGGAAUGGCUGAUUUGGUACUUGUCAACAGCAACUUCACUAAAUCUACUUUUGCAAAUACGUUUAAGCAACUAGAUGCUAAAGGAAUUCGACCAGCUGUUCUAUACCCAGCAGUCAAUGUGGAUCAGUUCAAUGAACCCACUUCCUUUAGGCUGAAUUUUCUUUCCAUUAACCGCUUUGAGAGGAAGAAGUACAUAGAGUUAGCAAUUUCAGCUUUUUCUAUGCUUUGCUCGCCUAACGGAGUUCUUAAAAAUCAAGAUACUACCGAUGCUUCUUUGAUUGUUGUAGGUGGUUUUGAUAAGCGGUUGAAGGAGAAUGUGGAGUACUUAGAAGAGCUUAAAAAUUUAGCUGAAAGGGAAGGGGUCUCUAACCAAAUAAGAUUCAUCACAUCUUGCACUACAGCUGAAAGGAAUGCUCUUCUUUCGGAAUGCCUAUGUGUACUUUACACGCCAAAGGAUGAACAUUUUGGCAUUGUGCCUAUAGAAGCAAUGGCAGCUUAUAAGCCUGUUAUUGCGUGCAAUAGUGGUGGCCCGGUGGAGUCAAUCAAGAAUGGUGAAACAGGAUUCCUUUGCGAUCCUACACCACAAAAGUUUGCUUCAGCAAUGGCUAGCCUCAUAAAUGAUCCUCAGGGAGCCGAAAGAAUGGGCAGAGAAGCUAGGAGGCAUGUUGUUGAGUCAUUCUCUACAAAGACAUUUGGCGAACGUUUAAAUAGAUAUUUAGUUGACAUUCACCGGGAGAAGGAGGAUUGAGUUUAAGAUAUUUUUCCCUCAAAUUGUUAACUGCAAUUGCUGACCAUUGAAGGCGCUGUUCAGAUUUUAAUCAGUUAACAUUUUUGCCAAAAUUUCUAUUUAAGAUGAUUUAUUUUUAUUUUAUACCAUGUAAAUUUUUACCAGAGAGGAUCACAUGUUCAAUGUUGAGGCUUGCACUUUUGGAUAUUUGCAGACAUUAUAAAUGCAUUGCAAAGUUUAUAGAGAAA